UGGUUUCGAAUUUAAAAGUACACAGCGCACACAGGGAAACUUCUGAACAGCGAAGCGAGUCUAAGUUGAGCUCCGUAUUUCAUCGAGAAAUUGCUUAAUUUUUCUUUUAGUUGUUCCAGUUCAUCCUGCAGAAUUUUACGUUGGUAUCAAAACAGGACCUGAACUACCAUGGCCUACAAGCCAGAAUCUAAGUUCAUGACGCCCACCGGUCCAUCACACCACAGCAUGGCUCCGAAGCGAGUACUGCCAGCGGCAUCACAGAGCAACAUGUAUGGCAACAUACGUAGUGCAUCCACUACGUCUACCACAGCCUCUACAUCGUCACAGGCAUUGAGAUUAUUGCAGAAUGCAAAGACAAACAAGAAUGCCGAUAACAGAAUAGCCCAUGCAGAAAGACAGGGUCCGCCCUCUGCCCAUCCUGCGGCAAUGCAGAAGCCGGCUGCGCGAGUCGCUCCCAGCAACGAAAAUAGGCCGGACCCGGCAGCACGCCAGCACCAACAUCAACAACAGAUACAGCAGCAGAAGGCAACAGGACACGAUCGAGUUCUCAAGGAGUCCCAAGCAGGCAAUUCUACGACGACGACAAUGACAUCAACUCAGUCAAAAGAAGCAAACAAAUGGAGCCUUGCCAACUUUGACAUCGGCAGGCCCCUUGGCAAGGGCAAAUUUGGCAAUGUGUAUCUGGCCCGGGAGAAGAAAUCCAAAUUCAUCGUGGCUCUCAAGGUGCUCUUUAAAUCCCAACUUCAGAAGGCCAAGGUGGAGCAUCAGCUGAGACGAGAGAUUGAGAUCCAGUCACAUCUCAGACAUGACCACAUCCUGCGUCUAUACGGUUACUUUUACGACGACACCAGAGUCUAUCUGAUCUUAGAGUAUGCGGCGAGGGGUGAGUUGUACAAGGAGAUGCAGGCACAGAAGGCGGGCCACUUUGAUGAAGACCGGUCGGCCGUGUACAUCUACCAACUAGCCAAAGCACUGCUCUACUGCCACGAGAAGAAGGUCAUCCACAGAGAUAUCAAACCAGAAAACCUGCUGCUGGACCUGAAAGGAGACCUAAAGAUUGCCGACUUUGGGUGGUCUGUCCACGCUCCUUCAUCCAGACGAGCCACUCUGUGCGGCACCCUAGACUACCUGCCCCCAGAGAUGAUCGAAGGGAAGACCCACGACGAAAAGGUGGAUCUCUGGAGUCUAGGGGUGCUGUGCUACGAGUUUCUAGUCGGCAAACCACCAUUUGAGUCGCAAGGGAACACGGAGACCUACAGGAAGAUUACAAAGGUGGAAUUCACAUUUCCAAAACAUGUUUCUGAGGGAGCACGAGACCUGAUAUGCAAGCUUUUGAAGCACAACCCUUCCCAUCGUCUGUCUCUGGAGGGCGUGAUCGCCCACGCGUGGAUCCAAGAGAAGAUCAGCCAAAGGUCAUGACCUCCCCCAAGAUGCAGCUAAGCCCCAGUGAGCGGCCAUUGUACAUGAAUGUAGAUUUCAUUGGAUAGACCAAGGCAAUGUUCUGCAACAAUAGCGACAUAUUUUCCUGGUUCACGCACAGAGCUUAAGUGUGUGUUGACAUCAGCGCGUGAACCAGGGCAAAGUCAGAUGACAUGACACUUCGGUUCUCUAUAGAGACCACAUCACACUUCGGUUCUCUAUAGAUCACUUGCAUCUGAAUACGCAUGAGUACUUUCAUUUGUCACUGAAUUUGAAAUGACAAGACCUGUUCUCGGAGAGGGCGCUCCGUGCAAAGGGUCUAUACUCAGAUUAGGACAGUGUAAUCUGUCCACUGUGUUUCCCUAGAUGAAUGACGGCUUUCAAGUAUUCCUACUUUCAAGUAUUCCUACUUAAACUACUUUUUCCUAUUUUUUUUUUUUUUUAACUUGCUGCUACUUUUUUUCUCCUACUUUUUCCUAUUUCUAUGUCCCACGACCCCAAAAAAAUUAAUUCUUAUUGGAUAUUUUUUGUAACAGUGUUACACAUAUAUGUAAAUCACACAAUGAAGGGCUUGGGCGUAGGAGUACUGCAACUGUACUUCCAAGAGCUUAGUUGAGGACGGAGCACAAGUGUUGUGAGUACAGAACAUGCCAAAUGAGGCUUUGGACAUGGGCGAGUAUCAACGAAAACUACUCCUGAAAGUCUGCAAAAGUCCUUCUUUUAUCCUGAUUUUGUCCUCCAAAAUCCUAUUUAUUUUUUUCUUAAAUUUGAAAAUUGUUAUCUUACUGUGCUACUUUUUGACCCGAGUCUGCUUGAAAGCCUGCGAAUGGAUAGCCAUGUAGUUAUGGGUGCAGAAUAUUCAAUGGUAUCAACAUUUGAUUCAUCAGCAUGCACAUAAAGUUACAUGUUCAUGUGUAUAUUUGCAAGUGCCAGGUUUGCCGCUAUUGUUGUGCACAAAUGGCUCACAUUUACAUGUACAUUUAGCUGUUGCUGUACAAAGUCUGCAGAAAAAAAUGCAGGGAAAAAAUCAUGCGCUGCUUUGUGAGCCAAAGUUAGCACUACAAGAUGGCAACUUUGAAUUGAAAUGAAUAUUCACUGGGAAGAUGCAUCCUAGCAGAACUGAGUAGGAGCUUGGUCAACAGUAACUAUAUAUUUUGUUUCCAUCAAAUUUAAACCAGCAAUAAUCUCGUGGGCGAGUUGUACUUGUAUAUUGUUCGGAUGUAGCUUAUUUCAUUAUGGUGAAAGUGAAUUGUCUUAAAUGUCAGAAAUAUUGUACAUUUGAAGUAAGCAUGGACUGUUUAGUCCUGUUCCAAGUAUGCAGACUGAAACAAAAUAAAUGCUAUUUACAUUAAUUAAUCCACAUGUGCCUUGGUUAAUUGCAAUUAGCACUUUCACGUUAAGAUGCACCAUUUUGUUCCAGGAAAAAAAAAAAACGUUGCUAGAUGCGAGUGCAUAUUGGAAGUGCAAAAGAUUUCAAUUGACGUACAUACUCGGCAGGCAACACAUGGUGUUUUUUUUCCAUGAACAUGAUCAUGGCGCAUAUUACUGUGAAAGUGCUCAUUGGAAAUGACAGAGUGUGAAAUUACUUGUUAAAAAUUACAAAUCCUCUCUUUUUUUCUACAAUUUUUUAAAUACCUUUAGUAGAACAUCCAGUCUAUAGGACUAAUUAAUAAAUUAAAUGUGUGUCCAAGUAAUUUCAUUUUUAGUAAGUCAUGAUGGUGUUUGCACUGGAUGGUGAUUUUGUUCUUCACUCUUUUGACCGUUUUCACCGUAGUUAAGCUCAUUUACAAUGAUAAUUGUCUGAAGGAAAGCAAGCGAUAAUGUUUCUGACAUCUUUUACUCCAUUCCAAUUUAUUUCUUUUUCCAUACUUUACAACAUAUUUCGCUGAAAUGUUUACACAUACAUGUACCAAUGACUCUUGAAGCAGCACAAAAAUUUACCAAAUUGAUAUAAAAAUAAAGGGAAAAAACUGAACCCACUAGCUUUUCAAAUCAAGAAAAGUGGUAUUACUGAUGCAUAUUAUUUGAAUACUCAAAUAUUUCCCUUUUGAGACGGUAGGAUGUACCCAGGGACAGUGUAUGUAAUGUUGUGUAUCCAGUUUAUGAUAUCACUGACGACUAAAUUAUUUUAAGUGAAAAUUACGUUAGUAACAUCACGUCAAUUUUAAAUUAGUAUGUAUGUGUAAUUUUGUGUUGAAUAAAUAUUAAAUAGGUGUCCUUUAAAUUUCCUAAGCUAAAUGACUGCUGCAUUUUUUGGUUGGCCAUUGGGCCAAAAAACUUGGGAGUUACCCUAUUCUCUGAAUGAAAAAGAUGUGUAUACAUAUAGCUGUACAGUUUUCUUCAAAAUAACAAUAUGACUGGCACUGGUAGAGGACUGAAUAGGUUAUGGCACACAAACCAAAAUAUUCACAGCGUGUAAAUAAGAACCCUUAACCACAGACAUUGUAAAGAACAAGGGAUUAAACAUGAAUCCUUUUUUAAUAUCUCUUAGUUCAAAUCUGUCCAUAUUCAUUUAGUUUUUAAAUACAUUGUCUUUACAGCUCAUUGGUUACUUCCUAUAUUCUGAGCUUAAAAACACAAAACAAAGCAAAAACUGAUAGGUACUUUUAUUACUACGAUGUAAUUGAUAACUAAUUACAUGUAUACACACAAUUUCACGCUAUUUUGUACAUAUCAUGAUGUAAUAUUGUAUGGUAAUAAAGGUGCUUUGAGUUUUAACGAU